AUGUCAAAUAACGAAAUAAUUCAAGAUAUAGAGUCUUCUAUAAUACCAUCGCCAGUUUCUCAACAAACUCCACUUUUAGCAGAAAAAAAUAAUGCUACCCGUAAAGCAAUUACUAUAAUCUUAAUUGUAGUUUUAGUAAAUAUUAUUACUUGGAUUAUUGCUGUACUUGCAUUUAUACGGCUUCCUUCACUCCUUGGAUCCGCUGCUAUAGCAUAUACUCUAGGACUUAGACAUGCUGUAGAUGCUGAUCACUUGGCUGCCAUUGAUAAUGUAACUCGUAGACUUUUAUAUAGCGGUAAUAAAUCUGUAUCUGUCGGCCUUUUCUUUUCUCUAGGUCACUCUACUGUUGUAAUACUUUCUUCUCUCGCCAUCGCUUUAACCGCUACUGCUAUAAAAGAAAAUUUUGAUGAUAUUCAAUUAAUAGGUGGAAUAAUAGGAAAUUGUGUAUCUGCUGCUUUUUUAAUUAUUAUUGGAAUAAUUAAUAUUUUCGGUUUAAUUUCAAUUUAUCGUUCUCUAAGAAAUUUGAGAAAUACUGGUUCUUUUAAUCUUAAUAAUUUGGAUUUUAAUCUUAAUUCUUCUGGAUGUAUGGGAAAAAUUUUCUCUCCUAUGUUUAAAUUCGUUGAUUCAAGUUGGAAAAUGUUUCCUAUUGGUUUUCUUUUCGGUUUCGCUUUUGAUACUUCUACUGAAGUUGCUCUUUUAGCUGUUGCAGCUUAUCGUGCUAAUCAAGGUCUUUCUAUUUGGUAUACCAUGAUUUUUCCUUUACUUUUUACUUCUGGAAUGGCUUUAAUUGAUACUCUUGAUGGUAUAUUAAUAUUGGAAACUUAUUCUUGGGCUUUUAUAAAUCCUGUUAAAAAAAUUUAUUAUAAUUUUGCAAUUACUUUACUUUCUGUUAUUAUAGCAUUAGUUUUAGGUGUCAUAGAAUUUCUUAAUGUUUUAGGUGAUAAUUUAAACCUUGAUGGUCCUUUUUGGGAUUUUCUUUCUUAUCUUAAUGAUCAUUUUUUUACAAUUGGUUGUAUAAUAAUUGCUUUAUUUAUUAUUACUUGGUGUAUAGCGAAACUUAUUCAUAAAUUUGGUGGUUAUGAAGAUCUAGAACAAUUGUUUAUUCAACAACAAGUUGGUAAUAAUAAUGAAAAAAGUGUGUCAAGUACUGAUGAAAGUCUUACCGUAGUAGCUGGAGGAAGUGAACCUGAUACAAUGCAGGAGGUGAAAAUAAUAAGUAAUAAGGAAAUUCAUGAAAAUUACGAUACAUAA